AUGCCAGAACAUCACAGCCAGCCCAACACAACAGCCAGUCCAUACACACUGACUGUGAAUGCCAGUAAAUUCAGCCCAGGGGACAACAUCAGAGUCACUCUCUCUGGAAGUGAGCCUUUUGAGGGCUUUCUAAUUCAGGCCAGAGAUGCCACUAACCUUGAUGGAUUAGCUAUCGGAUCUUUCACACUGGUCAAUCUGAAGAUUUCUCAGCGAUUGACAUGCAACGGUAUAGAGGGUUCUGCUGUUAGUCACACAAGUGAUGUCAAAAAGAGAGAAAUUGAGGUGAUCUGGAAAGCUCCAUCCAAUUCUCCUCUUGCUGUUCAGUUUCUCGCCACAGUUCUUGCUCACUACAAAGUUUUCUGGCUCAAACUUCGUGGUCCUGUGAUAACUCAUGGUGAUGCGACUCCUGCUCCACCUCAGUCCACCACUGUCAUGUCUACACACUCUUCCAGCACCUCUAUAAUACCUCAGCCAUUCAGCUCAGAUGGAUGUGGCAGGCAGAAGACUUGUCUCCUUGACCCUGUCGGCUGUAACCCUUCUGUAGACACAAACUGCUUUUACCUCGCUUAUUCUACUUCGGGGCAGACGGUUUCAUUUGAGCUCAGUGGACCUGCACAGGGAUAUGUCUCCUUCGCUCUGUCUAGUGAUAAAUGGAUGGGUGAUGAUGAUGUAUAUUUGUGUGUAUAUGACGGUGGUCGAGUGAGUGUGGAAGCAGCUUACACUACAGGCAGGACAUAUCCAAAGGUGUCAUCGCAGUCGGUGCUGAUGGAUGUAGGCUGGAGAGUUUCAGAUGGGAUCAUUCAGUGCAAGUUCUCCCGAUCCAUCUACACCCCACAGGACCCGGAGCGCUUCAGUCUGAACAACAGCUACUACCUCUUCAUAGCACACGGCAGUGCAGAAUAUGGUAUGAUCCACAGACACACGCGGCAGCCACUGAUAUCGUCCCAUCAUCAGGUCAUUAUCGGCCCUCCUGUGAUACUGACAGGCUCUCGUUCUCCUCUUCUCAUGAAAUACCAUGGAGCUUUAAUGCUGAUUGCCUGGAUGCUAGCAGGAAGCACUGGGACUUUAAUGGCGGGCUAUUUUAAACCUGACUGGCCUGAACAAACACUGUUUGGACAAAAAAUAUGGUUUCAGGUCCACAGAAUGUUGAUGUCCCUUACAGUUUUACUCACAUCUGUGGGCUUCAUUGUCCCCUUUAUCUACAGAGGAAAAUGGAGCACAAGAGCGGGUGCUCAUCCGUACCUGGGCUGCACUGUUAUGAUCCUGGCUUUCUGUCAGCCUUUAAUGGCUGCAUUCAGACCAGCUCCAGACUCCCCAAGGAGGUGGAUAUUCAACUGGCUGCACUGGGGUGUUGGAAAUGCUGCUGAAAUUAUUGCUGGUGAAGUUCACUUAAAAAGCUUAUAACCAUUUAUAUUAGUAAUACAGCAGUCAAAACAUUUAAAAAAUAAAUCUUUUUAAAAUGUCACUUCAUUAAAUUGUGAUUUCAGUGGGUUCCAUAUUCUUGGGAAUAAAGCAACAGUCUCUUUUACUGCCAUAUCCGUGGACCACAGGGAUUCUCUCUGCUUUUGUGGUUUGGACAAUUGUGUUAAAGCUGGUUUUGCAACUUCAUAAGCAUGGUGUUAUUAGAAAAGGUUUGUAUAACUAAUGUUUAAUACAUUUAAAAGCAUGUGUCUGUGUCUUUUAAAUUAAUGUCAUUUGUUUAACACUUAAGAGUUAUUCAUUCAUUUACAUCUGAUUAAUUUGAAACUUGAUUAACUUUCCCUUUGCCUGUAGUUGAAAAAUAAUAGCAAAAGAAGAGCCUAAAUAUAUUUAUGAAAAUAAUGUAACGGUACAUGUUUAGUAAUAGUUCCUGUUCUAGCAGGUAGUGGCGAUGAAGAUAGAUUUCCAGUUCUCUCUGACUUUGCAAAAAAUGUAAACUGGGUAAGUCACACUGUACUCCAACAUAAAGGCGGAGAUUAUAACAAACAUCAAUAUUAAAGGGUUAGUUCACCCCCAAAUUACAGUAUGUUAAUAAUUACCCACUAUCAAGUUGUUUCAAACCCCGAGGCCUGGAUUCAUCUUCAGAACACAAAUUAAUUAAAUCCAAA